AUAAGUUAUAUUAAAUAUAUAUAUAUUUUUUAAGUGACAGAAGUCAAUGUCAAAAUUUGAUGUUGACAAAUAUUUGUUUAUUUGAAAACAAAUGAAUUACUACUUGUUUACUUGAUUUUUAGGCAUUAGAUUAAUUUGAAAAUGGACACGGCCAGUUUUUACACUGCUGACAAUCAAUUCCAGAGAAAUUAUCAAAAUCCAACUGUUCAAUCUCCACUUGAUAUCUCUCAUUCAAAUAGCAUUAAUACAAUACAUUCAAUUAACAGGGAGUUUAUUUCGGAAAAUUUAAUAGCAGGACAGAGAAUGAAUGGAAGAAUGUCAAAUAUAAGACGUUUUUUUUGUUUAUUUGUUACUUUCGAUUUUAUAUUUACUGGACUUAUGUGGAUUAUUUGUGUUAUGUUAAAGGGAGAAUAUAUUAUUACAGCACUGAGUGAACAAAUUUAUCAUUACAAUAUUCAUACUUCCUUAUUUGAUAUUGUUUUGGUUGCAUUUUUAAGAUUUUGCUCUCUUCUACUGUUUUAUGCUAUUUUAUAUAUAAACCACUGGAUUGUAAUUGCGUUAUCUACAGCUUUAACUUCUGCAGCUUUAAUAGCAAAAGUAUUUUUGUAUGAUUGGCCUCAUUCAUCGCAGCCAGUUUUUGAAGUUUUGCUUGUUUUGACAUCUUUUGUUUUGUCCUGGGGGGAAGCCUGGUUUCUUGACUUUAGGGUUAUUCCCCAGGAAGAAGAUGCUAGUCGUUAUAUUAUAAAUAAUUUGGAGUCAGAAAGGGCCCCCUUGAUUAGGAAUUACAUUCAUGGGUUGCCUUCACUGUAUACAGAGAGUGUAGGGAAUUUUUAUUCUCCUUUAGGAACCCCGGAGGGUUCUUUGCAUAGGUUUGCUGAUCAGCUGCAUCAGUAUCCUUCAGCUAGAUUUUCAAGGGAACAGGAAGACCACCACAAAUCCGUAGCAGCAAGAACGCUACAAGACGCAUGGGAUUUAUUGCAAAAAAGAGACUGGAAUCUGGAAAAAAACAAUGGAGACGAUUUUGUGGAAAGUAGAAUGGAAAAAGGAGGAAAAAUAUUUUUGUUAAAUGCGCAAAUGGACGUUUCUCCGAAAUAUCUGUUGGACGAUUUGUAUUAUAAGGUGCAGGAGUUGCCGGCGUGGAACCCGGCGAUUUUGGAAUCUCAAAAAGUGCAGGCGAUAGACGAGUACACCGAUAUUUGCUAUCAGGUUUCGGCGGACGCCGCUGGGGGGCUCGUGAAGAGUCGCGAUUUCGUCACGUUACGCCACUGGGCGCAAGUGGAAGAUUGUUUCGUGAUUGCCAUGGUCAGAACUGAGCACCCGUCUUUUCCCGUGGAUAAAUAUAUUAGGGGCGAAACAGGAGUAGGUUGCCAUGUAAUGCAAACCAUUCCAAAUGAACCAAACAAGUGCAAUUUCAAGUGGAUGAUAAACACAAACUUAAAACUGAAAUUCGUCCCAAAAUCGGUCAUUGAGAAAGAAAUGAUCGCUAUGAUGUUUAAAUACGCAAAAGACCUAAGAAAUCACUUAAAACCCGAAAUUAUUUGAGUUUUUAGUCUAAAAUAUGCAGUUUUUGACCAUCAAAAUGUCUAUUUAGGAUCUUAAGACUUGAUUAACAAGGUAAAACAUGACAAAAAGAUAUUUAUGCCAAAUAGUUUUUACAGAUUAUUACUUGCCAUAUCAUGGAGCAGACAUAGUUUUAAUUCUAAUAUCUUAAAACAAUUUUCAUUAAUUUCAUUUAGAUAUGGGCAUAUACAGAGUGUCCUGAAAAUAGUCCUCUAAUAUUUUGUUUUUAAUGUUUUUUUCACAUUUUUUCAAACAUUUAUUUAAAAUUUAAAACAAAACAAUUGCUUAUUUAUAAUUAAAAUUGUGAGUG